AUGAUCUUCUCCCCGGUUUUGGUUGUGGCCUUUGCCCUUCAGCCGCUGCUGAGCACCGCCGUACCGGUCCCUGAGCCUGCACCAUCACCGCCAGGGAUACCCUCUGCAUCUACGGCAAAGAGUGAGCUAGCAAGUCUGACUGUUGCUGCCCAAGGAUCACAAUCUGGCUAUUCUCGUGACCUCUUCCCACACUGGAUCACCCAGGACGGCUGUAAUACACGUGAGACUGUACUUAAGCGUGAUGGAUUGAACGUGGUAACGAGCUCCAGCUGUGCUGCCACUAGCGGAUCGUGGUAUUCACCGUAUGACGGCGCAACCUGGACAGCAGCGAGCGAUGUCGAUAUCGACCACCUUGUGCCACUCUCGAAUGCGUGGAAGUCGGGGGCAUCCGGUUGGACCACAGCAGACCGUAGAGCCUUUGCAAAUGACUUGGUUAAUCCCCAGCUCCUGGCCGUCACCGAUAGCGUCAACUCCCAGAAGGGGGACGAUGGACCGGAAGUAUGGAAGCCUUCACUCGCAUCUUAUCACUGCACAUAUGCUGAAAUGUGGGUGAAGGUGAAAUCAGUCUAUAAGCUCACCAUCACUUCCGCCGAAAAGGUUGCAUUGACGGACAUGCUCGACACUUGCUAA